GUCGCGAGAGUCUCGCGCUUCCUCUGUUGGUUAGCUAGCGGCGGGCGGCUCGAGCGUGUUUGUGCGGUGUUCAGUGUUUUUAUUUCUUGUUAAAGUAAAGAGAGGACUUCACGUCGCUGGGUCAGGAUUCUUUUCUUCCCACAGCUGGACACAAACCCGCCGGAUCUUCAGUUUCACGGACUCCAAUGAUGAGUUAUGCUGAAAAGCCAGAGGACAUCACAAAAGAGGAGUGGAUGGAAAAACUAAACAAUGUUCACAUACAGAGGGCAGACAUGAAUCGACUCAUAAUGAAUUACCUGGUCACAGAGGGCUUUAAAGAGGCAGCAGAAAAGUUUCGGAUGGAGUCUGGGAUCGAGCCGAGCGUGGACCUGGACUCUUUGGAUGAAAGGAUAAAGAUCAGAGAGAUGAUCUUGAAGGGCCAGGUACAGGAGGCCAUCGCGCUCAUCAACAGUCUUCAUCCCGAGCUGCUGGACACCAAUCGAUAUUUGUAUUUUCAUCUGCAGCAGCAGCAUUUGAUCGAGCUGAUCAGGCUAAGAGAGACGGAGUCAGCACUCGAGUUCGCUCAGACACAACUGGCCGAGCAGGGCGAGGAGAGCCGAGAGUGUCUGACGGAGAUGGAGCGAACGCUAGCCCUUCUGGCCUUCGACAACCCCGAGGAGUCGCCCUUCGGUGACCUGCUGAACAUGAUGCAGCGGCAAAAGGUGUGGAGCGAGGUCAACCAGGCCGUGCUGGACUAUGAAAACCGGGAGUCCACCCCCAAACUGGCCAAGCUGCUGAAGUUGCUGCUGUGGGCCCAGAACGAGCUGGACCAGAAGAAGGUCAAGUACCCUAAGAUGACCGACCUGAGCGCCGGGACCAUCGACGACCCCAAGUGAACCACGACCUUCUGAUGGAUGCUCAGGGAGCCCACGGAUCUGGAGGAACUUACACGCUGCUUCCUGUUCCACAAACUCUCUGCUGUAUUUAAAGUUCACUUUAUAUUUGACAGAUGUUGAGUUCACCACACAGCUGGGCUUCAUCAACACAUCUGGGUGACGAGAAUCACGGCUGAUCGAUCUUUUAAAGCUCUAAGUAUUAUUGUUGUGAUCUUCAAGGACCUUGGCAGAGUAAAAGCCACAGAUCUGCUGUGAGCAGAGUUUCAUAAACAGAACGGAGCCAUUUUAUCCUCAUUAAUAAAAACAGAGACUUCUUGUAUUAUACUUUUAAUUAUUGUCUUAAUUAAUUGUCUUUUAUUUACGUUCACAGCAGCAGAAAGAAAUAAAGUCAUGUUUUAAAUGCUGGGUCCUUUCUGAGCGCUGCCAAGCUCCCAUCAUGCAUCACGAGCACACGGAGUGAUGCCACGGGGAUGUUCUGGUCCAUGAAAUGUACAUGUUGUUUCCACUUGUUCUGCAUGUUUGUUCUACAAAGGAGGAGGUUUUUGUGCUUUUUAAUUCUCUCUGUGUGUUUAUAUUAAAUCA